AUGUAUGAAACGCAGAUAAAUGACACCGUGGUUGUAGAACAGACAUGUUCCCUUGUAGUGGAGAUCUUCACGUUAGUGUUCUACCCACUGGUGAUGAUAGUUGGACUUCCUGGUAAUUGUCUCAUCCUUCGUGUGUACUGGGCUAAACCAUUUAAGACCAGCACAACGGUGCUCAUCAUGGGGCUAGCCUGGGCGGACCUCUUCUCUUGUUUGUUCAUGAUCUUCAGGGCCGCCUCAAGCUGUCUUUUAAUCAACCGACACAUACGUCCUGAGUACAACGGUUGCACAGAUUUGUUGUUAUUUACCGCGAUUGCGUCUUCGCUGAUGAUCACCAGCGUGAUCGCGUUUGAUCGGUACGACUGCGUCUGCCGACCACAACGGCGUUUCUUCAAUCGAAAACGGGCGCACGUUGCAGUGGUAUGCUGCGUUUUCUACUCGGCGACCAUCAACGUGGCGGGAAUUGUUGAACUUUUCGCGCCUUCACCGUUGACGGGUCAAAUAACACUGGUGUUCCAGGUACUAUGCUUCAUGUCUGCAUUAUUUAUAAUCAUUAUAUGCUACAGAAAGGUAUACAUAACCAUAAGAAAGCAUGUGAAAACUGGUAUAUUCCCCAAAAAGUUUGCAAACAGAAGACAGUCGUCAUCAAAAACAAACAUUAUGGUGACAUCGGUCAUUGAUGGUGUACAAAACAGUACUCCAAACACUAGCUCAAACUUAGAGGAUGCACUUGAUAUGAGUGUCCAUAGAAUUGACUUUAAAAAGGGUACAUUAACUAAGCAAGCUUGGAUUCAUGAACCUUCCUCAGAUGUAUCCACUGAAAGGAGAGUGACGCCAGCAAACUCAAUAUCUGUUCCAAAGGACAAUUUCCUCAUCAGAGAGCGCAACAUUUUGGCUGCCAACAAUGCUGGUACACAUGCGAGUACAAGUACAUUGGUAACCACUUCCGUGAAGCAAAGUAUUAGGCCUGCAGUGAACCCCAUUCAGGCAUCAGGUGAAAUGCCCGUAAGUGAACCCAGCCCAUCUGCCGACAGAGACGAGAAACCCCCGACCGUCCCCAAAAGACCCGUCACAAGCCUACAGCGAAAGACCACGAGGAUGCUGCUGAUAACCAGCGUGGUGUUCCUCAUCUCAUGGCUGCCAAGGUGGGCGUACGUUGCCCUGCUCGUAGUGGACCAAUCACCCAUGGUAGUUGUCCACCCGAAUGUCAUGCUUGGAGUGGGUCUGAGCUCCCUGUUGGAGUAUAUCAACCACGCCAUUAACCCGUUCAUCUAUGGCUUUGCCAACAGACGAUUUAAGAAGGACUGCAAGAUAGAACUGCAGAAACUCCGAUGUUGA